AUGGUCCCACCUCGAUUCCAACCGCUGUCUCCACUUGCUUCGAGUGCAGUCGCUUGCGCAAUUGCCGUGCUUCAUGCCGUUUUGACACGACUAUACACGGUACACGCAGCUGUUGAGGAGAGUUAUUUGAGAUCUAUGAAAGCGUUGGCAUUCCAAACGAUGUUUUGUGAUGGCCAGAGAGGCCAGCCGUUGUACAAAAUUGGUGUUCUUGUCCUUCCAGAAGAGCCUGGAAUACUCGGCACCGCAUUCCCUCGAUGUGCUUACGCUACUGCACUGAAGUUCAUGUUGUUCUGA